UACCACACUCAUCCUGCUUGAAUGGUCACUCAGUAGCAGCUCCUCACCCCUGGACUUUUCUUUUCUCCCUGCUCUGCAAUGGCUUUGAAAAUCCUGCUCCUCCUUCUUGCCUCUUAUCUUUUAGUUACAAAAAGGGUCUCGGCCAAUGAUGAAGAAUUCGGCGUACAGGCUACUUAUGCCAAAGCUCCAGUACCUGCUCCAGUGAAGACACCCAUUCCUGCACCACCGGUCAAGCCUCCUACUGUCACUCCAAAUCCCCCUGCUCCUGUGGUGAAGCCCCCCACUGUUGUGCCCAAGCCCCCUGCUCCACCGGUCAGCCCUCCUACUGUUGCUCCGAAGCCACCUGCUCCUGUGGUGCCCAAGCCCCCUACCCCACCUGCCAACCCUCCUACUGUUGCUCCCAAGCCACCUGCUCCCCCAGUGAAGCCUCCUACCGUUGUGCCCAAGCCCCCUUCUCCACCUGUCAACCCUCCUACCCCCAAGCCACCUGCUUCCCCAGUGAAGCCUCCCACUGUUGCACCAAAGCCUCCUGUGCCACCAGUCACGCCUCCUACUACAGCACCAAUGCCCCCAGUGAGGGCAAGAUUGGACUGCAUCCCACUAUGUGAUCAGAGGUGUAAAGCACAUUCAAGGAAGAACAUAUGUGUGAGAGCAUGCAUGACAUGCUGUGACCGCUGCAAAUGUGUUCCACCAGGAACGUAUGGUAACAGGGAGAAGUGUGGCAAGUGCUACACUGACAUGACCACUCACGGCAACAAACCCAAGUGCCCUUAAAAUGGACUAGAAUCAUGGUUUUCUUUGUCGGGUGCGAGUCUUGUUGACUGAAGAUGUAAUAACUUGAAGAGGAAAGUAAGAAGUAAAUCGUUUCUAGGGAUCUUUCUUCCACCGGCUUCAACUAUCAUUAGCCAGUCCUCAUCUUUUCAUGGUCUGUACUGUUUUUCCCCAUUGUGAAUUGCCCUUGCUACUGUUUGUUAAAAGUUCUCCUUACAAGAACCGGUUCUUGAUUCUUCUGUGAUUUUUUCAGUGAGUAUUCUUUUUUUCCAAAGGAUUCGUGUUUAAUUUGUCCGUCCAAAGAACCAAACUGAAAUUAGAUCCUUGAGAUCAUCAAACUAAGCUGACUUUUAAUGAAUUGGACCUGUCACUCGGUGGAUCCGAAUCCAAUGUUUGAUGCUAGGUAGCAUAGAAUGAUUUCAUAUAUAAGAAGCCUAGUGUAAAGGGCUCCGUAAGUAUAGAUGUAAUGCUCAAUACUUUUCCAACCUUUGAACUAGUCGUUUUUAAGUUCAAUAAUGAAGGAGCUGGCACAAGUUUCAUUCUUUAAACAUAUUGGAAUAGAAGCCAUUCCCCUUGAGUCAAGCAGCAAGUGGGACUCAAGAGAAGUCUUGUCAUUAAUGGCAGACUAGAGGCUGCAGAAUAAUUCAGGACAUUGCAGUAUGAUUGGAGAAGUCUGCCACAAUGUCCCUACAUUUCCAGUGUGAUCAUAUAAAUUCUUUCAUCAUUGAUAACGAACAAGUUGGAGCUGUGAUGACCGACUUGGUUAAUUGUUUAGGGUUUUGAAAGUGGCUGAUAAUGAGUUCCACCAGUGACCGACCAAAGGAUAAUUUGGCUGUUCCUGUUAACCUAUUUACAACUCGGGACCAGCAAUGAGGAGUAGGUUGGAAGAAUAAACUAUAAAGGAAGAAGUUACCAUGGUGUGUCAAUCUAACAGCUGGAAUCGAUGGAGCAGGUUCACUAUGCAGCUUUGGCUUGUCCUGCACCACCAUCAUGAAGCAAACGACAAAGAUGCCUCAAAAAUCUUUGGAAUUGCUUCCAGGCCAGCACAUUAAAUUGUAGCUAUGAAUGACAGUGACUAUCCAAAAAGACAAGACACCAAGCGUAGAUAUCAAUGCCCGUAUCGAACGGUCAUGAGUAUAUUCCUACAUGUAUCUCUGCCUAUAUAUAUAGGAGGGAUACCGGGACAUGAUGAUAUAGCAGGCUGCCAACCACCUAGUUGCUUUCACAAAGAGAUCAGAAACUAUGGCUUUCCAAAAGUAUGCUGUCAUUUUCUCAAUUUGGUUUGUUUUAUCAGUAUUGGCCGUGGCUGCACUUGAAGCACCUGCCCCCAACUCCCCAUCUCAGGCGCCAAAUCCACUUGCAUCUUUCCAGGCAAUGCUGAUGGGAUUCGUGGGUGUUGCUAUUUCCUUUAUUUUCUUUAAAUCUGUGGCUUGAGCUCCCCCAUUCAACUCUACUUGUUCUGGUGUGCUUCUUUCAGUAUUUUCUGCACCAUGUUUCUGUGACUGGAGAUGUUAUUGAGCUCACAAUCUAGCACAAAAUUAUGAAUAAUGCACUUGUAUCAAGUCCUCCCCCUUGAUUUACUACAAUGUUGUAAUGCCUGUCCUAUUGUGUACCAACCCUUGAUUGAGUGAAAUAUCAUCUCCGAUCUGUUUCUAUCUUGGAAAA